AUGCUCAUAUACAACAAUAUGCUCAUAUACAACAAAUAUGCUCAUAUGCAACAAAUAUGCUCAUAUACAACAAAUAUGCUCAUAUGCAACAAAUAUGCUCAUAUACAACAAAUAUGCUCAUAUACAACAAAUAUGCUCAUAUGCAACAAAUAUGCUCAUAUACAACAAAUAUGCUCAUAUACAACAAAUAUGCUCAUAUACAACAAAUAUGCUCAUAUACAACAAAUAUGCUCAUAUACAACAAAUAUGCUCAUAUACAACAAAUAUGCUCAUAUACAACAAAUAUGCUCAUAUACAACAAAUAUGCUCAUAUACAACAAUAUGCUCAUAUACAACAAAUAUGCUCAUAUACAACAAAUAUGCUCAUAUACAACAAAUAUGCUCAUAUACAACAAAUAUGCUCAUAUACAACAAAUAUGCUCAUAUACAACAAAUAUGCUCAUAUACAACAAUAUGCUCAUAUACAACAAAUAUGCUCAUAUACAACAAUAUGCUCAUAUACAACAAAUAUGCUCAUAUACAACAAAUAUGCUCAUAUACAACAAAUAUGCUCAUAUACAACAAAUAUGCUCAUAUACAACAAAUAUGCUCAUAUACAACAAUAUGCUCAUAUACAACAAAUAUGCUCAUAUACAACAAAUAUGCUCAUAUACAACAAAUAUGCUCAUAUACAACAAUAUGCUCAUAUACAACAAAUAUGCUCAUAUACAACAAUAUGCUCAUAUACAACAAAUAUGCUCAUAUACAACAAUAUGCUCAUAUACAACAAAUAUGCUCAUAUACAACAAUAUGCUCAUAUACAACAAAUAUGCUCAUAUACAACAAUAUGCUCAUAUACAACAAUAUGCUCAUAUGCAACAAUAUGCUCAUAUACAACAAAUAUGCUCAUAUACAACAAAUAUGCUCAUAUACAACAAUAUGCUCAUAUACAACAAUAUGCUCAUAUACAACAAAUAUGCUCAUAUACAACAAUAUGCUCAUAUACAACAAUAUGCUCAUAUACAACAAAUAUGCUCAUAUACAACAUAA